CUCUUCUCCGGACUGACCCCGUCCUCCUCUUCGUCGUCCUCCUCUGGGAACCCGACGCCACCAUGUCUCCGUCAGCGUCCUCCCUCCUCCUCUUCCUCCUGGUCUUCCUCCUGCCGCCGCCCCCCUGCCGGCCGGAGUCCCAGCGCAGCGGGCCCAGCGUGGACCCCAGCCUGAGGACGGCGCUGCCCUCCGUCUUCCCGUCCUCCGUCCCGUCCUCCUCGUCCUACAGUAACGCCUCCGGCCCCACCGUCAGAGACAAGUGCAACGAGGAGACGGAGUGCAAGCCCGGCAUCCUGCUGCCCGUCUGGCUGCCCAACAAGCCCCCGCUGGGCUACCAGGUGGGCCGGGCCGUGGUCUACUUCGUGUCCCUCAUGUACAUGUUCCUGGGAGUGUCCAUCAUCGCAGACCGCUUCAUGGCGUCCAUCGAGGUCAUCACGUCUCAGGAGAAAGAGGUGACCAUCACAAUGCCCAACGGGGAAACAUCCGUGGCCACGGUUCGAAUCUGGAACGAGACGGUGUCCAAUCUGACGCUGAUGGCUCUGGGCUCCAGCGCUCCCGAGAUCCUGCUGUCUGUCAUCGAGGUCUGCGGCCACAAGUUCGAGGCGGGUCAGCUGGGCCCGGGAACCAUCGUCGGCAGCGCCGCCUUCAACAUGUUUGUGAUCAUCGGGAUCUGCGUGUGGACCAUCCCCAACGGAGAGACCCGCAAGAUCAAACACCUGCGGGUGUUCUUCAUCACCGCCUUCUGGAGCAUCUUCGCCUACAUCUGGCUCUACCUCAUCCUGUCCAUCAUGUCGCCCGGCGUGGUGGAGGUGUGGGAGGCCCUGGUAACCCUGCUGUACUUCCCCGUGUGUGUCAUCCUGGCGUGGAUCGCGGACCGCCGCCUGCUCUUCUACAAGUACAUGGGCAAGCGUUACCGCGCCGACAAGCGCCACGGCAUCGUCGUGGAGACGGAGGGGGACCUGACCCCCAACAAGGGCGGCAUGGAGAUGAUAGUGGACGGCAAGUUCCCGCCGCGCGGCGGCGCCGUGGUUCCUGCCGAGAACUGCGGGGGCGCGCAGGACGGCAACGCCGCCAACAGCAUCGGCGGAGCGGCGGGAGCCAUGGCAACGGGCGCCGGGGGCAACCUGCCCAACUCGAACAGCGCCAUGGUCAACGUGGACAGCAGCAAGGAGCUGGACGAGAGCCGCAAGGAGGUGAUUCGCAUCCUGAAGGAGCUGAAGCAGAAAUAUCCAGACAAAGAGCUGGACCAGCUGGUGGAGCUGGCCAACUACUACGCUCUGCUGCACCAGCAGAAGAGCAGGGCCUUCUACCGCAUACAGGCGACCCGCAUGAUGAUCGGCGCCGGGAACGUCCUGAAGAAGCACGCGGCCGACCACGCGCGCCGCACGGCGGUGACGGACGAGGAGGCGCCGGAGGACGACGACCUGGAGAUCUGCAGCCGCAUCUCGUUCGAGAGCGCCCACAGUCAGUGCAUGGAGAACUGCGGCGUGCUCACGCUGGCCGUCGUCUGUCAAGGGGGUCUGGGGGAAAACACCUUCUACGUGGACUACAGGACGGAGGACGGCUCGGCCAACGCCGGCUCAGACUACGACUACAGCGAAGGAACGCUGGUGUUCAAACCUGGAGACACGCGUAAAGAGAUCAAGGUCGGUAUAAUCGAUGACGACAUAUUCGAGGAGGACGAGCACUUCUUCGUCCGUUUGCUGAAUCUGCGAGUCGGUGAUGCAGAGGGGAUGUUUGAGAGUGACGAGGUGGGCGCCACCCCCAAAGCCCGCUUGGUGGAGCCUCUUGUUGCCACGGUGACCAUCUUGGACGACGACCACGCCGGCAUCUUCACGUUCAGCGAGCGCAUGGUGCGCGUGAGCGAGAGCGUGGGCACCAUGGAGGUGACGGUGGUGCGGAACUCUGGCGCCCGCGGGACCGUCAUCCUGCCGUACCACACCGAGUCCGGGACCGCCAAGGCCGGGGAGGACUACGAGGACGCCCGGGGCGAGCUGGAGUUCACCAACGACCAGACGACUCAAACUCUCCAGGUGAGAAUAAUUGAUGACGAGGAAUAUGAGAAACAUGAAAACUUCUUCAUCGUGUUGGAGGAGCCUCGCUGGCUGAAGAGAGGAAUCUCAGCUCUGCUGCUGAACCAAGAGGGGGCCGAGGGGCAGAUGAGCGCCGAGGAGGAGGAGGCCCGGAGGAUAGCGGAGAUGGGGAAGCCCAUCCUGGGAGAGCACAGCCGGCUGGAGGUGGUCAUCGAAGAGUCCUACGAGUUCAAGAGCACCGUGGACAAGCUGAUCAAGAAGACCAACCUGGCUCUGGUGAUCGGCACACACUCCUGGAGGGAGCAGUUCGUGGAGGCUGUCACUGUCAGCGCAGGUGACGGCGACGACGACGAGGAGGGCCGUGAGGAGCGCCUCCCGUCCUGCUACGACUACGUCAUGCACUUCCUCACCGUCUUCUGGAAGGUCCUGUUCGCCUGCGUCCCGCCCACCGAGUACUGGAACGGCUGGGCCUGCUUCUUCGUGUCCAUCAGCGUCAUCGGCCUGCUCACCGCCAUCAUCGGAGACCUGGCCUCGCACUUCGGCUGCACGGUGGGGCUGAGAGACACCGUGACCGCCGUGGUGUUCGUGGCCCUGGGGACGUCCAUCCCAGACACCUUUGCCAGUAAAGUGGCCGCCAUGCAGGACCAGCACGCCGACGCCUCCGUGGGGAACGUCACCGGCAGCAACGCCGUCAACGUGUUCCUGGGGAUCGGCGUGGCGUGGUCGGUGGCCGCCAUCUACUGGAAAGUGAAGGGCAAGCAGUUCCGGGUGGACCCGGGCUCGCUGGCCUUCUCCGUCACGCUCUUCACCAUCUUCGCGUUCAUCUGCAUGGCCGUGCUGCUCUUCAGGCGGCGGCCGUCCAUCGGCGGCGAGCUGGGCGGCCCCCGGGUGUCCCGCCUCCUCACCACCCUGCUCUUCCUGGGCCUGUGGUUCCUCUACAUCCUGUUCUCCAGCCUGGAGGCCUACUGCCACAUCAACGGCUUUUAGAGGAGCCGCGGCGGCGGCGGCGGAUUC